AUGUCGUCUCUGCAGACCCGCUAUCAGCCUCUCCAGCAUCGUCUCUCGACCACAGAUCUGGAUGACGGGGAUCCGUUGGAAGAAAAUGUCAAGGCGUCCCCGCUCGGCCUACACAGCGACUUCAGCGAAAGUCAUCUGUUGGGAUCUGGCGGAUCAGUCCCUGGCAAGGCUGUCAAAUACUCGGAUUCGUUUGCCAGCCGCUUCUGGCCUGGUUCUCAGCUCACCAAGACAUACAUCGCAUUCUCGGCCCUCCUCCUAGCAGUGUUUGCCUUUGCACUCGGUGGUGGUGGUUAUUGGAUCUAUUCAAGAGGUCAAAUCAACGGCCAAUCGCCACCAUGGUAUCCAACUCCUCGUGGGGGCACCUUGCCAGCAUGGCAAGAGAGUUACGACAAAGCUCGCAGCAUGGUGGAGCGUAUGAGUCUGGUCGAGAAGGUCAACAUAACGACAGGAACAGGAUGGUCGAUGGACUUAUGCGUGGGCAACACCGCUCCUGCAGUCAAUGUCGGCUUUCCCGGACUCUGUCUUCAAGAUGGACCUCUGGGUAUCCGAUUUGCUGAUCAUGCUACAUCGUUUCCUGCUGGCAUCACAGUUGGGGCUACUUUCAAUCGUGAUCUCAUGCGUCGACGAGGAGCGGCUCAUGCUCGGCAAGCUAAAUUGAAGGGAGCUCAUGUUCUUCUUGGACCUGCUAUGGGUCCACUAGGACGCAAUCCUGCUGGUGGCAGAGUCUGGGAAGGCUUUGGCAGCGACCCAGUUCUGCAGGCGGUAGCCGCAUAUGAGACCAUACAGGGUAUUCAGUCCCAAGGUGUCAUUGCCACAGCAAAGCACUUUGUAGGGAACGAGCAAGAACAUUUCCGAAAAUCCUUCGAAUGGGGUCUACCAGAAGCACUGUCUUCCAAUAUUGACGACCGAACUCUCCACGAGCUAUACGCCUGGCCUUUCGCCGCAAGCGUGAAGGCAGGGGUUGCCAGCAUCAUGUGCUCAUAUCAGAUGGUCAACAACUCGUACGCAUGCGCAAACAGCAAGUUGAUGAAUGGCAUCCUGAAAGACGAACUUGGGUUUCAGGGCUUCAUCCAGUCUGAUUGGUUGGCUCAACGCAGUGGCGUUGCCAGUGCGCUUGCCGGCCUGGAUAUGUCCAUGCCUGGUGAUGGGCUCUUCUGGCGCAAUGGAAAGGCACUGUUUGGUGACCAGCUGACGGUCGGAACCCUGAAUGGAUCCGUGCCAAUGUCGAGGCUCAACGACAUGGUAACGCGAGUUGUGGCGGCCUGGUACCAAUUAGGUCAGGACUCUUGGGAUUCAGAAGGGCCAAACUUCUCCUCAUGGACGAACGAUGAGUACGGUUACUUGCACCACGGAAGCAGUACCAAGCAAUCGAAGGUCAUCGUCAACAAAUUCGUUGAGGCAGAGAAUGAUGAAAGCCGACAAAUCGCCCGUGAGGUCGCUAGCGAAGGCGUCGUCCUUCUCAAGAACGAGGACAAUGUUCUGCCAUUGAGCCCAAAGCUCUCAGGACUAGGUGCUGCCAGCACUAAACGGGUCGCCAUCAUUGGUGAGGAUGCAGGCCCAGGAAAAGGACCAAACUAUUGUGAGGAUCGUGCUUGCAAUCAGGGUACUCUCGCCGUGGGUUGGGGCUCUGGAGCCACAGACUUCACAUACCUUGUUGACCCCCUCACCGCACUAAACGCGAGCUUUGACACAUCGGUUGUCGAGCUCACGAGUUCCCUCACCAACAAGGUGUCCUCCAGUCUCAAAAAGUCACUCAAGGAACAGGACUUGUGUCUCGUAUUCGGCAACGCUGAUGCGGGUGAAGGCCAUCAGAUCUGGCAAAAUCAGCGGGCAGACAGAAAUGACCUCGAGAUCCAAAAGAGCGGAAGUCGGCUCAUCCAGACUGUUGCUGAGGAGUGUGGUGGCCCCGUCGUGGUCGUCAUCCAUUCCGUCGGUCCUGUCAUUGUUGAGGAAUUUGCUGAUUUACCGUCCGUGAAGGCAAUACUGUUUGCCAAUCUUCCCGGCCAAGAGAGCGGAAACGCUCUUGCUGAUGUCCUGUUCGGCCGGGUGGACGCAUCUGGUCGCCUUCCCUACACCGUUGGCCGCAGCCUAGCUGACUAUGGCCCUGGGGCACCAGUUCUCUACUACCCGAAUGCAGUCAUCCCUCAAGCGGAUUUCAAGGAGGGCCUGUUUAUUGACUAUCGCCAUUUUGAUAAGCACGACGUCGAGCCAAGAUAUCCCUUCGGUCACGGUCUUUCCUACACGAAUUUUGAGCUCUCAGAAAUGGUCAUCACUAGCUUGAAGGCGAAGUCACCGCUUCCGGCAGCGAGACCCAAACUACUGUCACCACCGAGCUUCGAUGAAGGCAUUCCCUCUGUUGACAGUGCUCUCUUGCCCGAAGGAUUUUCCAAAUUGCGAAGCUUCAUUUACCCCUAUAUUUCCAGUUCCAGCCAAAUCAAAGCCGGGAAGUAUCCAUACCCAGAUGGCUACGACCUCAAACAGGAGUCAAGCCAAGCAGGUGGAGGCGAGGGCGGCAACCCAGCUUUAUAUGAAGACCAUGUCAAUGUUCAAGUGCGCGUCAGCAACACGGGCCAACGGCGAGGGAAAGAAGUGGUUCAAGUAUACGUGGGCUUUCCGCCAUCGAUAAAGGAGCCCUCCACCGGAGAACUGAUCGAAACGCCCGUGCAGGUCUUGCGCAAUUUCACCAAGAUCGAAAUCGAUGCCGGCGCAAGCGUAAUCGUCAACCUAACCUUGACACGAAAGGAUUUGAGCUACUGGUCUGUUGUACAACAGAACUGGGUGAUGCCAGACGGGCCAUUCACCAUAUCGGCUGCACGAAGCUCCAGGGAUUUGUCACUGCAGGGAACAUAUUAA